CUCCAUGUCUGCUGUGUGUGAAACAGGGGUCUGGGCACAGGGUGGGGAUCCCAAGAUGAAUGAAACCAUCUGGGCCUGCUGAGAGUCUGCAGCUGGCUGGAGCUUGGCAGUGGGGCAUUGGCAGCAGGCAGAGGUGGCUGCAGAUAGGGUGGCACUGAAAGUGUGGGCAAAGGUGUACAGGCAGGGCUGCCUGAGGCCCUUUUGAGGGGAAAAGAAGGAAGGUUUGGGAAGGAGGCAGUGAAUGCUUACAGUAGGAAAAUAUGUUAGGAGCCAUUGACUAAUUGAUUGAGUGAUUGAGUCAUUCUUCAACCAUGUCUGGUGCCUGCUGUAUGCCAGGCUCUGGGGAUACAAAACACAGGACACGUCCUUGCCCAUGUGUGGGUUGGGGUGGAGACACCAGGCUGCGAAGGAGGAAUAAAGGCUGACAAGCCUGGAACAGGGUCAUUACACACAGUUAGAGACACCUCAGUCGGCAGAGUUUAACAUCAACAGGGAAAAUGGUGGUUAAUUAGCAGGAAGGACAUCCUGAUGAUGAGCGAUUAAUAUACAGGAGAGUCCCCAUAGGCUUGGAGAAGAGGGAUGGGGGUAUUCUGGAGGGAGGGUUUCUCCAAGGGAACCCCCAGCACUAUGAUCUCCCACUUCCAUUCACAGUCCUGGCUGAGGAGCCUGGGGAAGCAGCAGGACCUCCUCGGGCUGCGUAGGAGGCCAGACAAGUUGGUGUCGCUGUGACUUGGUUUUUGGUUUGAUUUUCCACCAUUUCUGGGAAUCCCCAAGGUGAUUUCUCAGAACUCCAGAGAAAGCUGCCUGGAGGCGUCUUCAGUGACGCCAGCAGUGAAGGGCUGUGGGAGCAGGCAGGGGGGAGCUGGGUGUGAGUGGGCACUGGGAUGUCAGGGCUUAGCUGGCUGAACCCUUGAACUUGUCAGGGGACAAGGGCAGCCUGGCAGAACUGGUGAUAGUGGCUGAGGAGGGGCUCAGGGGCUCUCAGAGAGGCCUCCUGAAGACCACACCCCUUUGCUUGCCUGUGCUAUAGCCAGGGGUGACGGGAGGGUUUGCAGAGGUUUCUGUCUAUGGACAUCCCCAGCCGUGACUGCAGGGUCAACUACAUGUGGAACACUGGUUAAUUUCAGUGUUGGCUAAAAUGUCAGUGAAGCCCCAGCAGGCUUAGAGUAGGGGGUCCAGAGGGGCAUUGUGAUCCUGGCAGGGAAGGAUGCUAGAGGCAGGAUCUUUUCCAGCCCCAGAGUUCUGGGGGACUUGGAGAAGUAUGGAGAGGGGACCCUGACUCCUCUACCAGAACAAAGACUCUUCAUUCAGGUACCUGCUUUAGGAAGGGCCGGAAAUUGACACUUCACUUCAGUGUCCUCCCCUGACUUCUCAGAACCACCAAACAAUAGAUGGUUAGUCCCUGGUGCUGUGGACAACCUGUGUAUCUGAAUACUGCAGUCUUUUUUUCAGAUGAAGAGUCAGUGUUUCCCCUUCAUUCUGGGGUUUCCCAGGUAGAUGUCUUGGGUGGUCCCUGGGCUGGGAGUUAGCACAAGUGGCUGGGCAGGUCCCUGCGAAAGAGGAGGCUGGUAGUUGCAUGGUAUGUGGUGCUGACGGAGAGCGGCAUGGCAUGGCCUUGGGUGAGUGGGGGCAGGAGGUAGGGGAUCUGUAACCCUUUGUGCAUGUGGCCCCGGGGCAUGUAUAGCACAGUGUGCAUAGGAGGCCAGGCAAGAGAACUUUUCUUGCUAAGUGACUCAGUCUAGGAACGAGGUCUCCAAGUGCCUACUCGGGGCGGGCUCUUGUGCGUUGACGUGAGUUGGACCGUGUCCUUGUGUGUGUGUGUGUCCACAGGAGGGUGUGGGGCUGAGCCCUCCCUCCUUCUCCUGGACAGCUCCAAACAGCAGAGCGGGUGAUUCACUGGCCCCCACCCACUCUCAGUUGGUCCAGCCAAGGCCAGAGCUCAAAGAGGAAGGGUUUUUUUUGGAGGGGAACGUGGUGGUUCCAGACAAUGAGGGCCUGGGGCAGACUUUGCUGGAUUCCCCCUUAGUGCUCCGUGGGAAUACUUUUGGGUUCUGACCCAGCCUCCUUUCCACCCUCUAGACCCCCAACAAUUGUCCCUGGGCAGAGGUGGCGGCGAGGGGAGGGGAGGGCUGGUGGGCAGGGGACGCUGUGGGGAAGAAAUAGGCCUGUGGAAUGGUGGGAGGGGAGAACUGGGCCCAGGGAUGGGGAGAGGGGAGGAGGGGGAGGAAAUGGGGAAAUGCAAACCAAAUGUUGGCCCUGGGUACAGUCAAGAAAAACACACUCUCGCGGGAGCCUGGAGCGGGGCUCCCUUUCAGAAGGGCAGGAAGGGCUGGGACAGAUGUUUGCAGGAAAGAAAGAAAGAAGGGGGAAAAAAAAGAAAUAGGAAAAAAAUUGGAAUGAAACCCACAGCCUGGGGGCAGGGCCAUUCUUCCCCAGUCUCGGCCCGAUUUCUUCUGUGUUAAGGCCUGUCCUGUGCUCUGAGCUUGGCGCGUGGGCACCAGAGUCUGUCCCAGUCUGUGUGUGCAAAUGCAUGUGUGUUCCGAGGAGGCCAGGAAGGCACGCACGGGUACUCAGAGAUGGGGAGGGGCCAAGGCACCCUGAGUGUGCCAACUGUCCGGGCCUGGGGCUGUCUGUUCAUCCAUCAGUGGUCUGGAGGGUUCCAGGAGUGAAGGCCCCCAGGCUGGUUUGCCAGGGGCGGGGGUCUGCAGUGAGGAGGGAGGACUCCAGGCCCACCAGCACCAGAUCAGAAGACCGAGGAGCCUUGGUGGCACACAGGGGUUGUGUGUCCCAGGGUGGGGGCGCGGCUUGGGGGGGCCCUGCCUCUGGUAGCUGUCCCUUUUCCCUGUCCCUUUUACACCCCCUGCAAAGCAGGGUUCCUGACCCUCAAGGCCACCGGUGGAGCCUGGGAGGAGGGAGGAGAGAGGAGGCUGGGACGAGGGGUGGAGUGGGGGGAGGAAGAGGAGGAGGGAGGGUGAGCUGGAGGCAGCAGGGCGAGAGGCCCGGCAGAUGCUGGCGGAGCCGGAGCAGCCGCGGACUCAGAGAGCCCUUCUGCCAGCGCCGCGGGGACUGUAGCUUCAGGGGCUCUUCACAGGCCCUGGGCGUGCCCCAGGAACGGGACCCGGCAAAGAUGACGUGGAUCUGUCUGUCCUGCAUGCUCUGGCCAGAGGAUCUGGAGGCCCCUAAGACACACCGCUUCAAGGUGAAGACCUUCAAGAAGGUGAAGCCCUGUGGGAUCUGCCGCCAGGUCAUCACCCAGGAAGGCUGCACCUGCAAAGUCUGCAGCUUCUCCUGUCAUCGGAAAUGCCAGGCCAAGGUGGCUGCCCCCUGCGUUCCUCCAUCCAACCAUGAGCUGGUGCCCAUCACCACUGAGAAUGCACCAAAGAAUGUAGUGGACAAGGGAGAAGGAGCCUCCCGGGGUGGAAACACACGGAAAAGCCUCGAGGACAAAGGCUCCGCCAGGGUCACCCCGAGUGUCCAGCCCCACCUCCAGCCCAUCAGAAACAUGAGUGUGAGCCGGACCAUGGAGGACAGCUGUGAGCUGGACCUGGUGUACGUCACAGAGAGGAUCAUCGCUGUCUCCUUCCCCAGCACAGCCAAUGAGGAGAACUUCCGGAGCAACCUCCGUGAGGUGGCCCAGAUGCUGAAGUCCAAACAUGGAGGCAACUACCUGCUGUUCAACCUCUCUGAGCGGAGACCUGACAUCACGAAGCUCCAUGCCAAGGUACUGGAAUUUGGCUGGCCCGACCUCCACACCCCAGCCCUGGAGAAGAUCUGCAGCAUCUGUAAGGCCAUGGACACAUGGCUCAAUGCAGACCCUCACAAUGUCGUUGUUCUACACAACAAGGGAAACCGAGGCAGGAUAGGAGUUGUCAUCGCGGCUUACAUGCACUACAGCAACAUUUCUGCCAGUGCGGACCAGGCUCUGGACCGGUUUGCAAUGAAGCGGUUCUAUGAGGAUAAGAUUGUGCCCAUUGGCCAGCCAUCCCAAAGAAGGUACGUGCAUUACUUCAGUGGCCUGCUCUCCGGCUCCAUCAAAAUGAACAACAAGCCCUUGUUUCUGCACCACGUGAUCAUGCACGGCAUCCCCAACUUUGAGUCUAAAGGAGGAUGUCGGCCGUUUCUCCGCAUCUACCAGGCCAUGCAACCUGUGUACACAUCUGGCAUCUACAACAUCCCAGGAGACAGCCAGACUAGCGUCUGCAUCACCAUUGAGCCAGGACUGCUCUUGAAGGGAGACAUCUUGCUGAAGUGCUACCACAAGAAGUUCCGAAGCCCAGCCCGGGACGUCAUCUUCCGUGUGCAGUUCCACACCUGUGCCAUCCAUGACCUGGGGGUUGUCUUUGGGAAGGAGGACCUUGAUGAUGCUUUCAAAGAUGAUCGAUUUCCAGAGUACGGCAAAGUGGAGUUUGUAUUUUCUUAUGGGCCAGAGAAAAUUCAAGGCAUGGAGCACCUGGAGAACGGGCCAAGCGUGUCUGUGGACUAUAACACCUCCGACCCCCUCAUCCGCUGGGACUCCUACGACAACCUCAGUGGGCAUCGAGAUGACGGCAUGGAGGAGGUGGUGGGACACACGCAGGGGCCGCUAGAUGGGAGCCUGUAUGCCAAGGUGAAGAAGAAAGACUCCCCGCACGGCAGCACCGGGGCUGUUAAUGCCACACGUCCUACACUGUCGGCCACCCCCAACCACGUGGAACACACGCUUUCUGUGAGCAGCGACUCGGGCAACUCCACAGCCUCCACCAAGACAGACAAGACCGAUGAGCCUGUCCCCGGGGCCUCCAGUGCCACUGCUGCCUUGAGUCCCCAGGAGAAGCGGGAGCUGGACCGCCUGCUGAGUGGCUUUGGCUUAGAGCGAGAGAAGCAAGGCGCCAUGUACCACACCCAGCACCUCAGGUCCCGCCCAGCAGGGGGCUCGGCUGUGCCCUCCUCUGGACGCCACGUUGUCCCAGCCCAGGUUCAUGUCAAUGGUGGGGCAUUAGCAUCUGAGCGGGAGACAGACAUCCUGGAUGACGAGUUGCCAAACCAGGAUGGUCACAGUGCGGGCAGCGUGGGCACACUGUCUUCUCUGGACGGGGUCACCAACACCAGUGAGGGGGGCUACCCAGAGGCCCUGUCCCCACUGACCAAUGGUCUGGACAAAUCCUACCCCAUGGAGCCUAUGGUCAAUGGAGGAGGCUACCCCUACGAGUCUGCCAGCCGGGCGGGGCCUGCCCAUGCUGGCCACAUGGCCCCCAUGCGGCCCUCCUACUCUGCACAGGAGGGUUUAGCUGGCUACCAGAGGGAGGGGCCCCACCCAGCCUGGCCACAGCCAGUGACCACCUCCCCCUAUGCCCAUGACCCCAGCGGUAUGUUCCGCUCUCAAUCCUUUUCGGAAGCCGAACCCCAGCUGCCCCCAGCUCCAGUCCGAGGGGGAAGCAGCCGGGAGGCUGUGCAAAGGGGGCUGAAUUCAUGGCAGCAGCAGCAGCAGCAGCAGCAGCAGCAGCAGCAGCCUCGCCCACCUCCACGCCAGCAGGAAAGAGCCCACUUGGAGAGUCUUGUAGCCAGCAGGCCCAGCCCUCAGCCAUUGGCAGAGACCCCCAUCCCCAGUCUCCCUGAGUUCCCGCGAGCAGCCUCCCAGCAGGAGAUUGAACAGUCCAUUGAAACACUCAACAUGCUGAUGCUGGACCUGGAGCCAGCCUCCGCUGCUGCCCCACUACACAAGUCCCAGAGUGUCCCCGGGGCCUGGCCAGGGGCCUCUCCACUCUCCUCGCAGCCACUCUCUGGAUCCUCCCGUCAGUCCCAUCCACUGACCCAGUCCAGAUCUGGCUACAUCCACAGUGGGCAUUCGUUGGGAACCCCUGAGCCAGCCCCACGGGCCUCUCUGGAGUCUGUCCCUCCUGGCAGGUCUUACUCACCUUAUGACUAUCAGCCAUGUUUGGCUGGGCCUAACCAGGAUUUCCAUUCAAAGAGCCCAGCCUCUUCCUCCUUGCCUGCCUUCCUUCCAACCACCCACAGCCCUCCAGGGCCUCAGCAACCCCCAGCCUCUCUCCCUGGCCUCACUGCUCAGCCUCUGCUCUCACCAAAGGAAGUGACUUCAGACCCCUCCCGGACUCCAGAGGAGGAGCCAUUGAAUUUGGAAGGGCUGGUGGCCCACAGGGUAGCAGGGGUACAGGCUCGGGAGAAGCAGCCUGCAGAGCCCCCAGCCCCUCUGCGGAGGCGGGCGGCCAGUGAUGGACAGUAUGAGAACCAGUCUCCAGAAGCCACAUCCCCUCGUAGCCCUGGGGUUCGCUCCCCUGUCCAGUGUGUCUCCCCGGAGCUGGCUCUUACUAUCGCUCUCAAUCCUGGAGGGCGGCCCAAAGAGCCCCAUUUGCACAGCUACAAGGAGGCCUUCGAGGAGAUGGAGGGAACCUCCCUGAGCAGCCCACCGCCCAGUGCGGUGCGGUCCCCCCCAGGUCUGGCCAAGACACCCCUGUCUGCUCUGGGCCUGAAACCCCACAACCCAGCGGACAUCCUGUUGCACCCCACAGGAGAGCCCCGGAGCUAUGUGGAGUCUGUGGCACGGACAGCGGUGGCUGGGCCCCGAGCUCAGGACUCUGAGCCCAAGAGCUUUAGUGCUCCAGCCACCCAGGCCUAUGGCCACGAGAUACCCCUGAGGAACGGGACCCUGGGUGGCUCCUUUGUCUCCCCCAGCCCCCUCUCCACCAGCAGCCCCAUCCUCAGCGCUGACAGCACUUCAGUGGGGAGUUUCCCAUCAGGAGAGAGCAGUGACCAGGGUCCCCGGACGCCCACCCAGCCUCUGUUGGAGUCUGGCUUCCGCUCAGGCAGCCUGGGACAGCCCAGCCCGUCUGCCCAGAGAAACUACCAGAGCUCUUCUCCUCUCCCGACUGUGGGCAGUAGCUACAGCAGCCCCGACUACUCACUUCAGCAAUUCAGCUCCUCUCCGGAAAGCCAGGCCCGAGCUCAGUUCAGUGUGGCUGGCGUCCACACAGUGCCUGGGAGCCCUCAGGCGCGCCACAGAACAGUGGGCACCAACACUCCCCCUAGUCCUGGCUUCGGCCGGCGGGCCAUAAACCCCAGCAUGGCUGCCCCCAGCAGUCCCAGUUUGAGCCAUCGCCAGAUGAUGGGUCCACCAGGCACUGGCUUCCAUGGUAGCACCGUCUCCAGCCCCCAGAGCAGUGCAGCGACCACCCCGGGGAGCCCCAGCCUGGGUCGGCAUCCAGCAGGGGCCUACCAGGUUUCCGGCCUCCACAACAAUGUGGCUACCACCCCAGGGAGUCCCAGCCUGGGCCGGCACCCUGGGGCUCACCAAGGAAACCUGGCCUCCGGUCUCCAUAGCAAUGCAAUAGCCAGCCCUGGAAGCCCCAGCCUGGGCCGUCACCUCGGAGGGUCUGGAUCUGUGGUUCCCGGCAGCCCCUGCUUGGACCGGCAUGUGGCCUAUGGUGGCUAUUCCAUCCCCGAGGAUCGGAGACCCACACUGUCCCGGCAGAGCAGUGCCUCUGGCUACCAGGCUCCUUCCACGCCCUCCUUCCCCGUCUCCCCUGCCUACUACCCUGGCCUGAGCAGCCCUGCCACCUCCCCAUCGCCAGACUCAGCAGCCUUCCGGCAAGGGAGCCCCACACCGGCCUUGCCAGAGAAGCGAAGGAUGUCGGUGGGAGACCGGGCAGGCAGCCUCCCCAACUAUGCCACCAUCAACGGGAAGGUGUCUUCGCCUGUCGCCAGCGGCAUGUCCAGUCCCAGCGGGGGCAGCACCGUCUCCUUCUCCCACACUCUGCCCGACUUCUCCAAGUACUCCAUGCCAGACAACAGCCCGGAGACGCGGGCUAAAGUGAAGUUUGUCCAGGACACUUCUAAGUAUUGGUACAAGCCUGAGAUUUCCAGGGAGCAGGCCAUCGCGCUCCUCAAGGACCAGGAGCCAGGGGCCUUCAUCAUCCGCGACAGUCACUCCUUCCGAGGCGCCUACGGGCUGGCCAUGAAGGUGUCUUCGCCACCUCCAACCAUCAUGCAGCAGAAUAAAAAAGGAGACAUGACCCAUGAGCUGGUCCGGCAUUUUCUGAUAGAGACCGGCCCCAGAGGAGUCAAGCUCAAGGGCUGCCCCAAUGAGCCAAACUUCGGAUCACUGUCUGCCCUGGUCUACCAGCACUCCAUCAUCCCAUUGGCCCUGCCUUGCAAGCUGGUCAUUCCAAACCGAGACCCCACAGAUGAAUCAAAAGAUAGCUCCGGCCCUGCCAACUCAACUGCAGACCUGCUGAAGCAAGGGGCAGCCUGCAAUGUGCUCUUCGUCAACUCUGUGGACAUGGAGUCACUCACUGGGCCACAGGCCAUCUCUAAAGCCACAUCUGAGACAUUGGCUGCAGACCCCACGCCAGCUGCCACCAUCGUUCACUUCAAAGUCUCUGCCCAGGGAAUCACUCUGACUGACAACCAGAGAAAGCUCUUUUUCAGACGCCACUACCCCCUCAACACUGUCACCUUCUGUGACCUGGAUCCACAGGAAAGAAAGUGGAUGAAAACAGAGGGUGGUGCCCCUGCUAAGCUCUUCGGCUUCGUGGCCCGGAAGCAGGGCAGUACCACGGACAACGCCUGCCACCUCUUUGCUGAGCUUGACCCCAACCAGCCGGCCUCUGCCAUCGUCAACUUCAUCUCCAAGGUCAUGCUGAACGCCGGCCAAAAGAGAUGAACCCUGCCCCUUGCCCAGGGCCAGUGCCAUGGGGGAGGGGUGCGUGCGGAGGGGACCCAUGAAUCCUGACCACUCUUGAACCCAGAAGGAGGACUUUGGGCCAAUUUCGGAGGAGAGAAGAAAGUGCAACGUGGGGAGAGGGAAGUGAACUGCAGAGGGCAGGGGGAAGAGAGAGAGAGAGAGAGAGAGAGAGAGAGAGAGAAAAAGAUGGAGGAGAAGAACUUGGAUUCCCCUGGGUAGAUGGAAACUGCAAAAACCCAAAGCCUCCAAAACUAACCAGGUCCGCCUAACACCCCCUCCCUCCCCCAAGAAGAUGGAUGUCCUCAAAAGAGAAGGAACAAAGGAACAAACCUCCUUGGGAAUCCACAUUUUUGGGGGGAAUGGAAAAGCUCUGUCUCCCUAACUCAACUGCUUUGCAAGGGGAAGUCAAGCUGGGAGAAUCUUUUUCUGGCCACCUGUAGGGUAGAUUGUCAAACCAAACAGAGCCACCGUGGGACAUCAAGUGGCAGAACUUGUUCACUUGAAAGUAUCUCAGACCCAAGGCACCUCAGGUCUCUUUGCCGUGCCUCCACUCUAUUGUCGUGUGGGUGUGUGUCUGCACCCACAUCCUCAUAAAUUGAUCUAGAUCUGCCUUUAUCCACUCAAAUUAUAAACAGCUCGGCUUGUCCUUGUCCCAUGUGUUUGUAGACACACAUGCAUACUGUCCAAAGGUUAGGGAUGGCGGUGGCAGGGCAGCAGGGGAGGGGCAAACAACCAAGAUAUGGGUGACAGAGGCUCUCUCCUGGUGCCUGCACCUGCACUCUAGUGACCCUGGGUGCCGCCAGACCCUUCUCCUCUAUAAAGACCCCAGCAGGAGUGGGAGGGUCUGCAAUGGCAUCACCCUGUCCUGCCUUGGCCAGAAGACUGGAGCUUUGGUUUGAGGAGGUAGAGAUAUGUGUAUCCAUAGGAAAAGAUCUGUCAGAACAGGCAGCUGUUGAGCUCGGGGUGUCUUCCCCAAGGCAUGUGGCUCAGCAGCAAGAAAGGCAAGUUGCUCCUGCUGGGGCCCUGGACUCUGCCUUAGCUCCCACAUCUCAGCCCUGUUAUUGGGUUUCAUGCCCCAGGACCAGCCUUAUCUCAGACCUGCUAACCUGCAUGAUGCCUUUUUGGGGGCUGGGGAUUGAGCCUUCCUGCUCUGCCCAGCCCUGUUGUAUUCUGCAGGGUCCUUGUGUUGGAAUUCACCCUGGGGAACCUGCUUCCUGCUCAGUGAGGCUCAGGGGAGAAACCUGGAGUCCUUAUCCUCCCCUCUGUAAGUGUUUUAGGGUCUGGCUUUUGCAGGCACCCUCUGACCUCAGCCGAGCUCCUGGGCCUGCUGCCUGUACACCACAUCACCUACCUACAAUGCCAAAGCCUCACUGUCACCCUUUCUGCCUUGGUUUCCCCAGCUGAGCCACGCUGCCCAUGCUGCCCAUGCAGCAGUCGGCAGAAGGCUUGCACUUGGGCCAAAGGGCCUAAGGUCCACUGGACAGUUGGGAAAACACCUGACCACCAUUUAAGGACUCUAAGCCAGAAUGGAUAAUUCACCAGGACUCCAUUCUUAAGCCUAUGGGAGUCCCCUAGAGAGAGGCAUUGUACUGAUAUAUAAAUAUUAUAUAAUAUAUACAUGAGACAUACUGACAGAAUCUGUAAGCUAAUAAAAUGUAAGAAAAGGUUAAAAAAAGAAUAGGUAAAUUGACAAGAAGUAUUUAUUGUUUUUCCAUAUUGCUUUAUUGCCUUCCCUGGGGAUAAACCAAUUCCUAUCCUUUUUUAUAUGUGUAAGUAAAGCCUGAAAUGUAGGGGGCCUUUGUUCUUGGAGCAGCCAGGGUCUCCUUGCCCUGGCCUUGGCUUUCCCUAGACUGUGUGGGGCUCAGCGUUGGGAGGGGUUGCACAUGUCCCACCCUUUGGCCCCCUUACUUUUCAGCAAGCCAGGGGCCCAGCAGUCAGCUCCCAGGAUGUGUGGGGAGCUGUCCCUGCCUCUGCAGGCCUGAGUGAGUGUGUGAGCAUGCGGGGACACGGGUGUGUAUGGCACACAUAGGUGUGUGUGUGCCUUUUGUAUUUUUUCUCCUCCAAGGAGCUGUGUCAGUGUGGACGUUCUGUUUCAGGGAGUUGGAAAGAGGGUGUCUGCAGAAGGUGGAGAGCAGGGGCAGAGGCCCCACCGGCCACCCCCUGCUUCCCAGAGUGAAACCUUGUGCCUGGUGACCGAAGUCCCUCCAAAGUGCUCUUCCUUCUGAGUUAUUCAAGCCAAAUAUCUGGGUUUCCCCCUCUCCUUAUUCCUUAGCAAACCCCAAUUAUCUUCCAAGAUAGGAGAUAUUUCCCAUCCCCUUCCUUUGUAAAUAUCUCAUCUUCCACUGGACAGCCCAGGAUCCUAUUCCUGGCAUGGAUGUUCUGUCCACACUUGCGGCUGGGCGGUGUAUCAGACCCUUCAAGCAACCUGGCUGGGGCCCGGGACUGAGUCUGGGGUCAGCUUUCAGAGUCGCUUUCCCUUUCCUCACCACCCACCACAGCCUACCUUGCAUGCAUGGCCAGCCCCUCCACUCCAGCCUGAGCCGUGUGUGCCCCUGCGGGAGGACCCAUUCAUGCCAGAAAGCUGGUAACUCCCUCCCAGCAUCCCUGCGGAAGGAGUCAGUUUCUGAGAGUGUGGCCUUUCAAGGCGAAUGAUGGGGAAGGGUUCCCCAGUCCCCACAGUGGCCCCACCUCUGGGCCCUGCACCAGAGCCCUCCUAUGUCACGGGGGGCUGUGCACCCAUGCACACACCUACGCACACACACCACUCCGCACUGCAGUAUAUUCUUGCCAAAGAUUUCCUUUAAAAGAAAGCACUUUUACUAAUUAUUAUUUUGUAAAUGUUUAUCUUCUUCUGUCUUCUCCCUCCCUGAAUCUAUUUUACUGUUGUUUAUUGUUGAAUCUGUGUGUCAGCCAGGAGAGCACUGUCUGGCCUUGAACACGGGCUGGGACGGGGAAGGGUCUGGGAGAAGAUGGGCAAGAAACAGCCGGGGAGUCAUGGACAUCGCAGCGAAGCAGACCCCAGCAGGCUCAGUUCCGUGCUGCCGCCAGCUGUCCAGCUGGGUGUCUGGAGGGAAGAGGGCAGAGGAGGGUCAUGUGCCUUCAGCUAGGGGAGGGGCCCAGUGAGCUCCACAUAGCUCUUUCCCAAAGGGAGCAAGAGGGAAGGAUUGGGCGAGAAAACAAUGGAGAGGGGACCCGAGAAGGAAAACAGGGAGGAAGUGAGUGGUUUGAUCAGCCUGCUAUCACAGUGUUCUGGCUCUCUUAUUUAGCCAGGCACUUGAAGGACAGAUACAUCACAUCCUAAGUUUGGGAAAUGCCUUUGACCCAUCUCAUCUGAGCCCCUCCUCCAGUAGCUCUGAAAGCUGUGGACACCAAUGGCCAGGAUUCCUUCUCCCCUGGUUUUUGAGGAUCCCUGGGUCUUCUGAGACUGGCCAGGAGAGGGAUGGUGGGGCCAGUGGUUGUGUGAGAGCAGGAGGGGCAGCCCUCCUGGACAAGUGUGAUCCCCCUAUAAAGGGCUCUCAGGAGGUUGGUGAGUAGGAGAUUCUGCCUUGUUCUGAUGAGCCUGUGCAGCGGCUCUAGGGGAACAUGCUGUCCAGGGGACACAGAAGGGUGGUGAGUGUGAUCAAAUCUAGUCUCACUUCCACUUUUUAGUCUCACUCCCACUUUUAUCCAUCACCCCUGCCUCCUGGAUCUUCUCCCACUUUUUUUCCAGCUUUAGGAGCUGGGGAGAUCAUGUGAGUCAAGGGAGACACCCAAUCCUGCCCCCACACUCGGGGUCCUCCAAGAGGUUGGGGGGCAGAGUCCCAGAGCAGCCCUUUACCCCAGGUGCAGGCCCUGGAAUCCUGAGACUCGCGUUUCCUUGGCCAGUGGUAACACAGGACGUGUGUGCGCACGUGCAAGUGUGGAUGUAUGUGUGUGCGUGUGUUUUGCUCAUCUCUUUAGGGAACUUGGGAGUAUGGGUUGGAGGUGCUGGGCAAUGGAACUUCAAAUUCAAUGUCGCCCAGCAGUGAGGGGAGUCGGGAGGUGAGGCCUGUAGGGCAACCAAUUGGUGGAGUCUCAGCGAUAGCCCAGGUGAGAAGUGGGCCACCCAGAGGCGCAGGGUGGGGGCCUCGGGCAGAUCUGUCCCUCUUGGCCCCUCUGUCCUCAAAUGUCCAAAAUGUUGGAGGACCUCUGUUCAUAUCCCACGCCUGGGCUCUUGCCAGCAGUGGAGUUACUGUAGAGAGAUGUCCCAAGCUUGUUUUCCAAUCAGUGUUAAGCUGUUUGAAACUCUCCUGUGUCUGUGUUUUGUUUGUGUGUGUGUGAGAGCACAUCAGUGUGUGCAGGCUGUGUUUCCCCAUUUCUCUCCUCCCUUCAGACCCGUCAUUGAGAACAAAUGUAAGAAAUCCCUUCCCACCACCCUCCCUGCCUCCCAGGCUCUCUGCGCGAGAAACAAGAUCACCCAGCAUCCUCCCCCACCCCAGCUGUGUAUUUAUAUAGAUGGAAAUAUACUUUAUAUUUUGUAUCAUCGUGCCUAUAGCCGCUGCCACCGUGUAUAAAUCCUGGUGUAUGCUCCUUAUCCUGGACAUGAAUGUAUUGUACACUGACGCAUCCCCACUCCUGUACAGCUGCUUUGUUUCUUUGCAAUGCAUUGUAUGGCUUUAUAAAUGAUAAAGUUAAAGAAAACUC